GUAAGACAUAAAUUAUUUUAUUUAUUUAAAAGUAAAAAAAAGUUAAGUAUUAGCAAAUGCGAGUGACAUUUAUUGUCAGAGGAUGACAUACAUGUGCCCUUAAAGUAUAAACCACGAGGCUACGUAACUCUGAUGUCGAACCGCUAACAAAAUUAUAAAGAUCAAUGUCGGGUCAGCCGACAAACUGGCUGCACUCAUGUUUCUUCAGUAACUAUGCUUCACCGUCGCAAUGUAUUUAUUGUGUUUAUCUGCUGGAGCGUCAUCAUCAAUAGUGAAGCUAUUAUUCGCAAUGAGGAUAUUUGCGGAAUUCAAAAUGGACGAAGACUUUAUUUGGAACUUGGCGAACAGGGAGUGCUUUUUGCAAAAAAUGUGUCCUUCAUCAAAAAUUCACCACGUCUUCAGGAUUCGAGAAUUUAUACAACCAACAGUUCACACGAUCAAUGUAGCCUGGAACUUGUGACAUGUCCAUCAUGCGUCAUCAACUUGACUUUCAAAAGUAUUGGUCUUUCUCAAAAUUGCGGGGACGGAAGUUUCAUGCUCGACAGUUCCUGCAGAUGUGACUACGUCUGGAUAUCGGAACCACCAUAUGAAGAUGUGUCCGGAACACCUUUUUGUGGAUUUUACUCGCCUAUUUCUUAUCGGUCAAACACUAGAACCUUAUCAAUCACUCUUCUAUACAGUCAAUCGCACAACCAUGCCUUCACCUUGGAAUACACGUCAGAAAGAAAUAGAAUAAAUUUGCAAGGAUCAGACAUUUCAUCAGGAAUAGGAAAAUCUCGAAAUAGUACAAUUGGAGGCAUUCUCACUUCACCUUUCUUUCCGUCUCGUUAUCCUCGAGAUUUAGGUAUGGAGUAUGUUAUCACCUGUCCAACCGAGUCUCCAUCGUGCCGAGUUCGAGUUCUCUUUAGUGAUUUUCAACUCGCUGCUGUUUCCAUAAUAGAGUUUUAUGAUUGGAAUGGACAACGACUUGAUGUGAGCAGUGGAGUUCGAUUUCGUCCACCAGUUAUCGUGAGUUCUGGUCCCUCGCUCUUGAUACGAUUUUACGCUAAUGGAGGCACAGGUCUUGGAUACAAGGCUUUUUAUUCUUUUGUACUUGGUCAUCUUUAUGAUAAAUCGGUUCAGCCAAUCACCGAUUGCGGUGGAUAUGUGGAAAAUUUGGGAGGUGCCAUCACCAUGAUGGACAUGGUUGAUGAUGGCGUCAAGAUCUACGAUUGUGUUUGGCUUAUCAGACCUCCCAAGACGUUUCUUCAAAUGAAGACACACGUUUAUUUGAAGAUCAUUACGUUUGAUGAUAUGGCUGGAAGUACUGAGUUGAUAAUUAAACAAGGACCAACGUCAGCUUUGUUACCUUUGGAAAUUUUGAGACAUCCUGCCAGUAAACUACAACCUCGAAGAUUAAAGGAACAUAUCGCUCCAAUCACCAGUGGAUUUCACGUCAGUCUACGAGGAACAUUUGGCCCAACUUCUCACCUUGCUAUGGCGUAUACAACCUUCAGUUACACCGAUUGCUUCACUGGAUCAGAUUUUCUCUGCCAAAAUCAUAGAUGCAUUCCGAGUCAUUUGAAUUGUGACGGCUUUGAUCAUUGUGGAGACAACAGUGACGAACCAUCCACUUGUGUUCAAGACUGGGAAUUGGCGCCACAAGACAAGAAAUGGCACACGAACAAGGCAAACUAUUAUUUUCCAAAAAUCGAUCAAUAUCCAGAUUUAAAGACAGCAACUCUUGUUUUCGUUGCUAGUAGUUUGGGUCUAAUAACACUCAUCUCAGCCCUCAUUGUUUUGCUCUACAGAAUGGGAGCAAGAGCAAGACAACAACGUGAACUUCAGUCCCGUUUACAGACAAUCAGUGAAUUACUAGUUUUUGAAAUUCCAGAUGGAGCAAGAAUUGAGGAAGUAACUGUCACUGAUGAUCCACCAGACUAUGAAUCACCGCCCGGCUACGAGGAAGUCGUGAAACUCAGUUUGGAAAAUGAACACAAAAAGCGAAAGAAAAAAAAAUCAAAUUCCACUUGUCAGCUUAAUAGAAAUUUACCUGAAAACCCGAACGAUAAUGAAGCUAAUGGAUCGGGUAAUAUACCGGUUGAUAAUGUAGCAAGUACAAGUGAUUGUGUUGUCAGUAAUCAACCAACAGUUCCUGAAAGUCCACCACCACCUUAUAGAACACCUCCUGGAACUAUUGAAAACAGGAUGAAAUUUUUUGCACUCUCCGAAUCAUCGUGUUCUACGGAUGGUGCCACUCCAAAUGGAGAGCAAUAUUUGGAAGUGCCAGCAGAAGGAGAAAUGAAUCGAGAAUCAUCAUCAUCAACUGAUGCUGAAUUGCUUGGUGCGUAUCUGCAAAAUUAUCCUGAGAAUCAGACUGAAAGCUCUGCUCCACAGUUGAGCAGCUGGAAAGAUGCAUCGACGAACAUCAAUCCAGAAUCCGAAGCAGGAUCAAGAGAUCUCGAAGUCGUCAGAGACGGGGCAGAAGAUAAGAGAACGAAGAGACGAUCUCAUAGGAGUGACGAUCUUGAAGGAGGUCCAUCCACUUCGACUUCCGCUCCUUCAGAAAUGGAGGCUAAGAAAACUGCGAAGCCGAGAUCGAAAAGAAGGGAGAAGAAUAAAGGAACGCCGGGUUCGGUAAGUCCGCUGCCUAAUUCGACAACAACUACUACUUCUUCUACUUCUACAUCUUCUACUUCUGCAUCUACUUCUUCUACUUCUACUUUUCCAUCUACUUCUUCAACAACAACUUUAGCAAAUUCGCAAGUAUUUCCAAUAGUCACUGCUCCUGUAUUAACGGAAGGUAUAAAUUCAACAAACCCAACUCAAACUUUAAAUUCCUACCCACCAAUUCCUGUGCAACCUACUCAAACUUCCCUAAUUUCUUCAAUUAAAGCAUCUUUAAAUUUUCCCACUCAAACCUUUUUAAUUUCAUCAAUUAAAACUUCCCUGCAUUCUUCAAAUCAAAAUUCCGUGAUUUCGUCGAUUAAAAAUUCCCUAAAUACUCUGUCUGAUAGUUCAGAAAAUCGUCCAACUAUAAUCCUUAAAAAUCCCGUAAUUACAAAUAGAAUUUCGCUAAACCCUCGAGUAAAAUCUGUCAUUGAAGGAGCUUCAUUCUCAAACUUUUCCGAUACAAUUCGUGAUGGGGGGAAAAAUUCACCAAAAUACCCAACAAUCAUUUCACCUCUUACUGAAGAAGUUCUCCCACCGAAAAUAAUUUCUUCCCCUCCUGUAGAAACUCACUCUAGAAAACUAAAGUGUGUGCUAACUUCCUGUGCGGUUGCUUCAUCAUCUUCGGAUGUGAAUCCAGUUGGUAAACUGUCACCUACCGAAGCGACUUAUUCAAAACGGCUUUCGCCAAAAGUUUCGGUUUCUUCUAAUUCGGGAAUUCCAAGUCCAUCAGGUUCUUCGAGAUCUGUAGGGAAAAUUCUUCCGAACUUGUCAAUAAAAGAUUCUGUAGAGUCUGCAUCAAAAAUUCACAGAAAUUCUUUUUUUAAAAAUUCAAGUCUAUCUGUAAAAGCUUCUUCGAGUGCAUCAGGAAAAACUUCGAGUACUUUAGCAAAAGCCUCUAAAAGUGUAUCAGCGAAAGCUUCUUCUAGUGCAUCUGCGAAUGCUUCUUCAUCAGAAAAAGCCCCUGCAAGUUCAUCAAGUUCUUCGAAUCCACCAACAAAAAUUUCUAGAAACCCAUUAAUGAAAAAUUCAAAUUCUUCCACAAAAGCUUCUUCAAACUUUUCCAUAAAAGAUCCCUCGGGUCCAGUGUCUAAAUCUUCUUUAAGUUCAUCAAUGAACAGUUCUACUCCAUCAGAAAAUUCUUCAUCAAAUUCUCCUUCAGUUUCAUUAAAAGCCACUUCAAGUUCGGCGGCAGAAACGUCACCGUCUUCUUUAGUGAGAGCUGCAUCAACAUCGUAUGUUGACUCUCGAAAGACAGAAAAAUCAAAAUUAAAAACUUCCGCUAGUCAUCCUGUAAAAAUGUCAUCUCUAUCAUCAUCAAUUCCAACAGAAAAAUCAUCAUUGCUCUCCAUCAGUAAACCCGUUUCCUCACUAAUUUCUCCAGAAAGCGCCUCUCCUGGCUCCUCAUCCUUAGAUACAAAUACAAAAAACGGUAUUAUUAAACUACUAGGCAAUUCAAGAAUAAAAUCUCCAUGUAAGAUAAACAGAUACUAUUCCACUCCUUCCUCAUCACCUGUCAGUACUAUUGGUAAAUCCUUCAUGCGCAAUAAUUACUCACGAAAGUAUUCAAUCUGUUCGCAUGAUAGUUAUGCGACAAAAAUAAGUGCUCUGAGCGCGAGCAGUAGUUACGAGAAAUUAAACGAUGAUAUUGAAAUACUCUCUGAAUACUCAAGUAAUUAUGAUUUUAACAGUUCAAAUAAUACUCCGUUUAAUACGCCAAAAAUUCAAAAUGUAAGACCAUUAUCCUUAGCAACAUCUUGUUCCGAACAAUGUGCAAAAUGUGAUCUCGAUAGUCUCUACGAAGGAAUAAGAAGACUCGAUUCUUUCAUAGCUAGACGUGAGAAUAAUGUAAAUUGUACUGGGAAUUUAUCGAGGGCUACUACAACACUUUUUGGAACGCCGUGUCAUUUUUCAAAAAGUGUUGAUAAAACUGAUUGUACAAUUAGAAGGAAAAGUUUUUCAAAUUCCGCAGACAAUGUUGACGUUUUGUCCGAAUAAUAAUUUCUGCGAUGAGAAUGUGAAAAAGUAAAAAUAAGGAGAUAAUAUGCACUGGAAAUAAAAUUUAUUUGAUUCAAAUAAACGAUUACUUGGCUAUUAAUAAAUAAAUAUUUACUGGAAUUAAAAAACUUUUAUUAACGUCGA